AUGUCAGACCCCGCCAGGCGCAACAGGUCCAGCCGCUCCAGUAGCGUUGACAGCAACCUCACCCACUUCAACAAUGGCACCACCAGCUCGAACGCUCCGACUCUUGGCUUCCGUAGCAACGACACUCUUGCCAUCGUGAAGGGAGUCCAGGAGUACAUCAAUGCCAAGCUUUCCCAUGCGUGUGCGGCGAAGCACCUUGAGCGCGUCGCUGCAGCCAGGGCGGGCGGUAAGAUUCUCACAUACGUGAACGCUACCACGAUCACAAAGGUCAAGCUCCGCCCACUUGCUCCCGAAGACCCGCUCACCGCCUCGCGUGUGACCUUCUGGCACCGGCCCGAGAACAAGGCCCACCUGCAAGCCCAACUCGACGCCGUCGUCGACAAGGUGCUCGAUACCGAGGAUACGUCAACCUAUGGAUCCGUCACUGUGAUCAUCGUUCCCAUCAACUACCCAGGCACGAAUUACACGCCGCGCUUCAUCACGUUUGAGGUCGAGUGCGAGGUCGUUGUCGAGCCGGUGCGCCCUCGCCCCGAUGCUGCCGGGUGGCCCGAGAUGCCGUAG